AUGGAGAGCAAUCAGCCUGGGCAGCUGUCGGGGGAGCCACCAUCAACGCCGGCGGGGGCCGGUUCAGCCCUGUCCAGUCACAAUGGCCUGGAGAAGCAAAACAAUCAGGAUUGCUCAACCCCACACCCAGCACCACAGCAGGCGGCAGGUAUAGAGCCGGAACGGGGAGCGCAGGAUAUCUCUGAAGAGUUGAGCCGACAACUGGAAGACAUCAUUAACACAUACGGGUCCGCUGCAGGGAAGGAGGGUACCAUCAUGGUCAAGGAGCAGCCUGAGAACACGGACCCACCUGACAAUGAGGACGGAGACUGCGAGGAGGCCCCCGAAGAGGCCGAGAGAGAGCCCGCAGCCACUGGAGAGCCAUCCGCAGCCAAAGAGCCUGCCGGCAGCAAAGAGCAAAAGCUGGAGAAGAAAAUUCUAAAAGGAUUAGGCAAAGAAGCCAACCUGCUAAUGCAAAAUCUGAACAAGUUGCAAACUCCUGAGGAAAAGUUUGAUUUUUUAUUCAAGAAAUACGCUGAAUUGCUGGAUGAACAUCGCACUGAGCAAAGGAAGUUAAAACUCCUACAAAAGAAACAGGCACAGAUCCAAAAAGAAAAGGACCAGCUACAAAGUGAACACAGCAGAGCUAUCCUGGCGAGAAGCAAACUGGAGAGUCUGUGCCGGGAGCUGCAGAGACACAACAAGACACUGAAGGAGGAAACCCUUCAGCGAGCACGUGAGGAAGAAGAGAAAAGGAAGGAGAUCACAAGUCACUUCCAGAACACCCUGACAGAUAUCCAGGCCCAGAUUGAGCAGCAGAGUGAGCGAAACAUGAAGCUCUGUCAGGAGAACACAGAGCUUGCAGAGAAACUAAAAAGCAUCAUUGAUCAGUAUGAGCUCAGAGAGGAGCACCUCGACAAAAUAUUUAAACACAGAGAACUGCAGCAGAAGCUAGUGGAUGCAAAACUUGAGCAGGCACAAGAAAUGAUGAAGGAAGCAGAGGAGCGACACAAACGUGAAAAGGAAUAUCUGCUGAACCAGGCAGCAGAGUGGAAACUUCAGGCUAAAGUGCUAAAGGAACAAGAGACGGUCCUGCAGGCUCAGCUUACUCUCUACUCUGGAAGGUUUGAAGAGUUUCAGAGCACACUGACAAAAAGCAAUGAGGUGUUCGCCACUUUCAAACAAGAAAUGGAUAAAACCACGAAGAAAAUGAAGAAGCUGGAAAAGGAUACAGCCACAUGGAAAGCUCGGUUUGAGAACUGUAACAAAGCUCUGUUGGACAUGAUUGAAGAGAAAGCACUGAGAGCUAAAGAAUAUGAGUGCUUCGUGAUGAAAAUUGGAAGGUUAGAGAACCUCUGUCGAGCUUUACAAGAAGAGAGAAACGAACUCUAUAAAAAAAUUAGAGAAGCAAAAAUGCCUGAAAAGGAUGACCAAGGUCAGCACACCUCUGAUGAGGAGCCAAACACCUCUGUGAAUGAAGAGGCUGACGCGGAGGAAGCCAACAGCGUUCACAAAGCUGUGCAAAAUCUCGCGGCGGCCUUCAUGAUAAUGCAUUGUCCAGAGUCAACCCUCGACGUGUCCAAAGAAAUCCACCCAGAAGUCAACAGUCCUCCAGGGGGCUGCGACACGGCCCUCAGGGGGCUGGAACAAGCUCCUCUGAGUCCCGCAUGCCAUUUAGAUAUCCCCCUGCCUCCCCCAAAUCCUGAGGACAAGUCUGAGGACAAGGGAGUCAGUGAGACAGAACCUACCCUCAGAGGAGAGACAGGAGCUGAGGCCCAAGGCGAUGGUCUCCCUGGUGCAGCACCGGCUGAUGAGCAGAACCGGAAUCCAGAGGCAGCAGCUUCCAGUCAGGCCCCGAAGGCCCCAGCCAAGCCCUCCCUACCGGUGGUGAAGGCCAAUGAGCAGCCCGGGAAGCCAGAGGCAGCAGCUUCCAGUCAAGCCCAGGAGCCCGCAGCUGAGGCCUCGCUGCCGGCGAUGGAAGUGAACGGGCAGCCCCGGAAGCCUGAGGCAGCGACUUCCGGUCAAGCCCUGGCGCCCCCAGCUGAGACCUUAUGUGUGAUGGAGGCCGAAUGUUCCGCCCCACCACCUGCAGCGGGAGCGCACCUGCCAGCUAGGGAGUCUGGAUGUGAGGCCAUGAGGCAGCCCCCACCAGCAGCAGAGGGGCUGCCAGGAGGGGCCUCAGGUGGACCCCCACAGCCCAAAGUGGCCGACACCAAUCUGGAAGGAGUAGACUAA